CACAGGAAGGGUGUUUUUUAUCGAUUGCUGCAACUUCCGAGUGUCCGUCGAGAGUCGCGACCCGAGCACAAAGAAAGCGUCGCCGCUGUGGUCGUCAGCAGCAGACACUCCAGCUGUGAGGAACCAGUCUUAUACGUUGCACAUUCUGUAUACACUGAUGAUGGAAAAGGACAGGAUUCAGAAGACUGAGAUGAUAAUAAAUAUCUCCCUGGAGAUCAUCUACCUGCUGACUGGGGAGGAUUACACAGUAGUGAAGAAGACAUCCGGUGAGUAUGAAACAUCCAGCAUCCAUCCCCUUGUGUCAGGAGGAUUGAGCAGGACCCACAGCCCCAUCACGGUGCCUCCACCUCACUCACUGAUACAUGAGAGAUACAAUGACCAGAAGAUCCUGGAUCUCACCAACAAGAUCAUUCAGCUGCUGACUGGAGAGGAGGGGGAGUAUAUAGAGGAACAGAAGGGUCUGUACAAGGACGUGAUGAUGGAGAAUCACCGGACCCUCACAUCACUGGGGAGCGCUGAGACAUCCAGGAGGAGAUGGUGGAGAGGCAGCUGGAUACCCGAAAGAGGACGGAGGAGAGGUCAGGAGUGGAGAGAUGGGCCCAGUAACAGAGAUACCCCAGAGAGAUGUUCCCGUCCUCUGUAUUCCCAGGAUUGUACAGAGGAGAAUCGCAGGACCCCACAGGAGGAUCAGUGUGAAGUGCUGACUCGUAUUAAGGUUGAAGAUACAGAGAGAGAAGAAGAGACGUGUAUGUCUGAUAUGAAGGCAGAAGAUACAGAGGGAGAAGAAGAGACGUGUAUGUCUGAUAUGAAGGCAGAAGAUAUAGAGGGAGAAGAAGAGACGUAUGUGACUGAUAUGAAGGCAGAAGAUAUAGAGGGAGAAGAAGAGACGUAUGUGUCUGAUAUGAAGGCAGAAGAUACAGAGGGAGAAGAAGAGACGUAUGUGACUCGUAUGAAGGCAGAAUAUAAAGAGGGUGAAGAAGAGACGUAUGUUACUCGUAUGAAGACAGAAGAUACAGAGGGAGAUGUAGAGAUGUAUAUGAUGGGUGAUCAGCCGUGUAAGGAGGAAAUCCCUACAUAUGUUAGCACAUAUGGACCCAGCAACAGAAACACCCCACAGAGACGUCCCCGUCCUCGUACACAGAAGAAUCACAGGAUUGCGCACCAGUAUGAGGUUACAGAUCUGUGUGAUAUUAAGGUAAAAGUUUUAGAGGUAGAAGAAGACAUGUAUGCGACGGGUGACCAGCAGGAGGAAAUCCCUUCAUAUAUCGGCACAGAUGGCAAUACCAGCCGGAAUGUUUCAGAGAAAAAUCUGAUUGUGUCUCCAGGUUUUGACAUCACCCGAGUUUCUCAUGGACAAAACCCAAAUAUACAUCCAGUACCUAACAGUUCUCAUAUGUCUGAUCCUUCCAGUCGUGGGGAAUAUUUUCCUGAUUACACGGAUAUUGGUACAGAUGUAGCUCUUACUGUAGAUGCCCUGUUUUCCUCUAUGGAUGGCAGCAAAGGGUUAACCCGUCAGUCGGCUAAGGGAGAUGACAAACCAUUUUCCUGUGCUGAGUGUGGGAAAUGUUUUACGCACAAAUCAAAUCUUGUUGAACAUUACAAAUAUCAUACAGGUGAGGGGCUAUUUUCAUGUACUGUGUGCGGGAAAUGUUUUACGAAGAAAUCACAUUUUGUUGAACAUCUGAGAAUUCACACAGGGGAGAAGCCCUUUAAAUGUACUGAGUGUGGGAAAUGUUUUACAACUAAAUCACAUGUUGUUUUACAUCAGAGAAGACACACAGGUGAUAAGCCAUUUCCAUGUUCCGAGUGUAGAAAGAGUUUUGCAACGAAAGACGAGCUUGUUGUACACGAGAGAAUGCACGCAGGUGCACAACCAUUUUCUAGUUCUGAGUAUGGGAAUUGUUUCACACAGAAAUUAGACCUAGUUACACAUGAGACAAGUCACACAAACAAUACAGCAUUUUUAUGUUCUGAAUGUGGGAUAUGGUUUACCACUAAAUCAGAACUUGUUACACAUCAGAAAACUCACACGCCCGAUACAGCAUUUUUAUGCUUUGAGUGUGGGAAAUGUUUUACAAGUAAAUCAGGUCUUGUUACACAUCAGAGAACUCACGCAAGUGAGAAACCAUUUUCCUGUUCUGAGUGUGGGAAAUGUUUUAAACAUAAAUCAAAUCUCGUUGAACAUUAUAAAUAUCACACAGGUGAGGGGCUGUUUACAUGCUAUGUGUGUGGGAAAUGUUUUCCCAAGAAAUCGCAUUUUCUUGAACAUCAGAGAAUUCAUACAGGGGAGAAGCCAUUUGCAUGUUCUGAGUGUGGGAGACGGUUUACGACUAAAUCACAUCUUGUUAUACAUCUGAGAAGUCACACAACUGAGAAGCCGGUUACAAGUUCUGUUUGAGGGAAUUUAUGGCUAUCUAAUCUUGGUAAACCAUACAAUAUCCCCACAUAAUUUCUCAGGUUGUACUUUGUGCGUUUGCUAAUGGAAAUAUUUUAUCUAAAGAAUAAAUCAAAGCAUAUUAUUUCUCUCGA